AUGCCAACAACAAUUGCUCCUCUGGUGGCCGCACUCAUCCUGGCCACACUCAGCCCACUUUCCACAGCUGCACCUAUCGAAGUCGAUCUUGGCUACGUCGGUAUUCGCGGGUUCAGCAAUGACACUCUGGGCGUCAACUCCUAUCUCGGAAUUCCGUUCGCUGCGCCUCCUACCGGAAACCUCAGAUGGCGCGCCCCAGUACCUAUUGAGAGCCAGAACAAUUAUACCAAGGGACAGGUACUGAACGCCACAUCUCACUCCUUCCAAUGUGUUCAAGGCUAUCCUCAAUGGACACAGGCAGUGCCCAUCUUGCAAUCAGCUUUUGCCGCCACAGGUGGUGAUAUAAAAAGUAGCGAAGACUGUCUCCAACUUGAUAUUUUCACUCCAUCUGAUGUGGAAGCGGUCAAUCUUCCUGUCCUCCUCCAUAUACAUGGCGGCGGUUAUACUCUCGGCAACGGAGCCAACGCUGGUGGAUCGAAUUUUGUAAACCGCUCGGACGGGAGUAUCAUCUUUGUCUCGAUCCAGUAUCGCCUAGGCGGCUAUGGCUUCCUCUCUGCUGACACAGUUCAAGAAGACGGGUCUGCGAAUGCAGGCUUGCUCGAUCAAAGAGCUGCUAUGCAAUGGGUUCAACGUAACAUCCGCGCUUUCGGCGGUGAUCCAGCCAAGGUCACCAUCUGGGGAGAAAGCGCAGGUGGUGGGUCCGUGGUGAACCAAGUCGUCAUGUAUGGUGGCGAGCCCGAGCCGCCGUUCAGGGCAGCGAUCUCGUCGUAUGCUGGCAUGUUGACAUAUAAGAACCAGACUAUCCUCAAUGCGCAGUAUGCCGAUAUGCUGUCGGCAAGUAAUUGCUCUACUCUAUCUUGCCUUCGGUCUUUGUCCGAGCACUCUCUUAAGGAUGCCGUCGAUUCAUCCUACAAGUCUGGCUACAAAUCUGGUCUUUACGCAUAUGGCGACUUUUACUACAACCCAGUCCUUGACGGUAAAAUCAUACAAGAUUAUCCCACCCAGGAGCUCGCAGCUGGACAUUUCUCAAAGGUCGCUCUCAUGUGCGAUCAUACAUCGUACGAAGGCGCAGCGUUUACGAACUUCAGUAUCAACACCAUUGAACAAACGCAAUCCAAUCUGGAUAAGUUGUGGCCGACAGCUGGCCCUGCUUUCUUCCGCCGUCUGAACCAGCUCUAUCCCACAAGUGCUUUUACCGGCAGAUUUUUCAGUGAUCCGUUCUUCGACUCGGGUAUUCUGACCUUUCUCUCAUCAGCUCUGAAUGUGACCGGUCUGACCACAAAUUCCAUCUACUGGCGCGCUCAAGCCAUCUACGGCGAUUUCCUUUUCAAUUGUCCGACCUACAAUCUCGCCGCCACGUUUGCCAAUGCCGGCCUACCUUCUUACAAGCUGAUAUUCAACGCCGGCACUCAGAUCCAUGGAGCCAUGGCGCCUUUCCUUACCUCUUCACCAAAAGACACCGAGGAUCCAAGCCUGUCGGCCAAAAUGCAGGACUACUGGCUCGCGUUUGUCAAGUACAUGGAUCCAAACGACGCUUCUUCUGGCGUGCAGAGACCUUAUUGGCCCACCUACCUCGAAAGCGGCAAUAACGCGACCGCUUUCUCCAUCUUGCAAGUCAAUGGCAGCGAGGUGCGUGCCGUGGCAGACAAGGAAGCAAAUUCCCGUUGCGACUUUAUGCUUGGGAAGUCUGCCCAAGUAUGGAACUAA